GGUACAUUUCUAACUGAUAAAGAAGAAAAGACUCAUCCAAACAUAUAGUACUAUUAUCUUGAGCCAUGAAAAAACCCUCUCUUGAAAUAGAAGAAAGUCAUUAAAGUUAGGUAUCUCCCAAUAGUAUUAGUGAAAAUAUGAAAGUUAUAAUAAUAAUAAGUGAAAGAAAAUGAUGAUGAGAGAAGAUGAAGGAAUUGUUAUAUCAUCAUCAAAUAACAAAAGAUGUGAAGACUGUGGAAAUCAAGCUAAAAAAGAUUGUUUGUAUUUUAGAUGCAGAACUUGUUGUAAAACUAGAGGGUAUCAAUGUCAAACUCAUGUUAAAAGCACUUGGAUACCCAUCUCUACCAGGCGUUCAAGACAUCAUCAUCCCAUCUCAACUCUUCAACAACCAAACCCUAAAAGACACAGACAAAAUCACGCGCUAUUACAAACAGGUGGUGAAGAUGAAAAAGAAGAACUUCCAUCAGAAGUGAGUUUACCAGCGAUUUUUCGUUGUGUUAGAGUGAGUUCAGUAGACAAUAUGGUUGAUCAAUAUGCCUAUCAGACAUCAGUGAACAUAGCAGGACAUGUUUUUAAAGGGAUAUUAUAUGAUCAAGGCAACAAUAUGCCUAACCAAACUUCCUCAAGAGGCUUUCACCACCAACAACAACUUACAAAUUUCACACCACCAAUAUCUACUACUUACCCUACUUUCAUGCCUGGUAUGCAAUUAUUCCAAUACCCAAAAUCAUCCUAAAACAAAGGAUAUUUGCUUGUCUCUGUUGUUCGGAUUCUUUAAAAAUGUUGUCUGAUAUGUUGGGUUCGGAUUCUUCAAAAAUGUUGUCUGAUAUGUUGGGCUCUAUAAAAGUAGUUUCAUUUUGAAGGAUUGAGCAACAUGUAUAUUGCUAUCUAGAUCUUAUCUCUCUCUAGCUAUAUAUUUUUAUGUGCAUUCCAAGUGUAUAGAAUAAAGUGUUCA